AUGCCACGAAGACACAGGUCGUCAAAACGAUCCCCCAAACACAGGCACGCAAGCCUAGAGCCAGACUUUAGUCUCACAGGAGUAAACCCCGUCACCAAGGUCCGUCGCCGUUCGCGAAAAGACGCCGACAAUGCAACAGGGAGACAUCGACCUUUGCACGACUCUUCCCGGUCCCCUAGACGCUACCGACAUAGCAACGAAUAUUCCCGCCACUUCGAAGCUAAAUCAGACACAGACGGCGAUCAAAUCGUGCUCCCCACGCCCCCAGCGUUACCCAACACCUCUCUCGUCAUCAGAACCACAUCACCGAACCGCAAGGGCGACUACACCGAUACUGCAACAAGACGCCAACAGUCUGGGCUCGAGCGAAGGAACGUGAUCUCCAGACCCCCCAAAUACCACACCAAAGAAACCAGAUGCGACCAGCAACCGGACGAGUUCGUUGUCAACAACUACCGUUUCCGCAACCACAUCUUGUUUCUCCUGGAGGAGCAACGCACGUCCGUCGAGUCGUGGGCACACAGCGUCGGCGCAGGUGGGCCGGCUGAGCCGAUGGACUGGCAGCCCGAGCAGGAGCGGGUCAUCUACAUCGCCCGCGACCUCGUGGAGUACGGCUGCUACGAGGACCGGUGGAGAAUCGGGAGUGGGCAGCAGCAGGAGGAUAAGCCAACGAAACCGAUGGUGCAGUCAGAAUUAGUGUCGUGGGCCGGUCAGCCGCAGAAGGAUGGGUCGACGAUGUGUGGGGCGCCGGCACUUGCCUUAGGUCUGGUGGAUGGGAUCGAAUGA